AUCAUGGCGUCUGUAGUCGGUGAUACUCUGAGAUUAACAUUUAGACUUUUGCUUAGCAAGAUAAGAGAUAAGGGCGCGGAGAAUCUUAAACAUGGAGAUGUAAGCGAUGAGCGAUUUAGAGAAUUCAUCGUUCGUGAACUCACGGAUAUUCGUGAGAAGCUUGAGGGAUUGUGUAAAGUAGAUCUGAUCACCUCUGCCAAUUUCUUCAAGGACGGAGUGAGCUUGAUGUACCAGAGCUUCGCCAAUGCCAGUUCAAGCAUUCAAACUGAAGUCUACAGGGACGAGUUUGAUAACAUCAGUCUCGUGAACACUGAUGUUACAAAUAUCGAGUUGGACGAGUGGGAAGUUCUACACUUGAUUUCCGAUGGCUUGGAGUUUAACAAAAUCGAUUGCGAAAACAAGUUUUUUGUGGAAGCAAAGGAUUUCUUCAAAAAGGCAGCCGAAAGUGCCACCAAAGCUUUCAGUAACGAAGCAUUGGAUAUCUACGACAGAGUUUUGGCGAUGAAAUUUAGAGCUGCGGCGACGAUGCUUCAUUACAUUAGUGAACCGGAAGUCGCCGUUGUGUUGUGCAAGAAUUACAUUGAGCAACUGAAUGGUUUACCGGAAGUUCGCGAAGCAUUUUCUGUGCGUUUUGGUCGAUUCAACAUGCGAAGGCUGUUUUGUGAGAUGCGACGAGAAGCUGUUAUUGGGGCAGUGGUUGCCAUAAAUCGCAUUUUGUGGGAGUAUUUACAUCUUUCGUCCAAGGGUGAUGAAGUGUUACGAAACUGGCCAGCUAUUCCCGCAGAUUCAUGGCACAAAAUCCAUCCAGUUCAGAAUUGGGAGGUCUGUCGCGGUUAUUUCUGGACGUUUGGUGAAUUUGGCGGUGGCCCGGCGCAAUUAAACGGCCCUGUAGAUGUUGCUACAAACAGCAGUGGAUCUUUCAUUAUCGCUGAUCGUUACAACUUCCAGGUGAAAGUGUUUUCAAAAGAUGGUAAUUUGAGCCAACGAAUGUGCGAAUUGGCUUUCUUACAAACUUUUCACGAAGACUUAGUGGAUGCAAACCUUAUUCACCCGCAGAGUAUCGAUGUUGAUAAAUUGGAUCGGCUGUACAUCUGCAGCAGCUACAAGUCGGCGCUCAGUGGUCAUUACAUUAACGAAGUCAUCUCUACUAAUGAACAAGGGGAAUUCCUCUGGAGCUUCGGACGGGGCGUGUCUGGCUUCAAUCAAGGAAAGCUUACCAGCAUUGCAGUGGAUAAAAACAGAGAGAGGGUUUUUACUCUCUGUCAGAAAACAGUUUUUGUGCUAACUACAGAUGGAACCCUCCUGAGUAGUUUUACUUUGACAGGAGAGUUCACUCAGGCGAAUGAGUCACACCUCUGCGUGACAACUGCUGGCAAUUUAAUCAUCACGGCCAAUAAUGGAGUGUUCUGCGUUUCCAAACGGGCUGCCAAUGACACAAGUUUCAAAUCGCGCACAGUCCACCCAACCCGGUUUAGCAUGCCGCACAGGGAUAUCCCCAAUUUGUUUAAUCCGUCAGGAAUCGCGUUUAACCCUCAUACGGACGAAAUUUCUGUAGUUGAUCGAGCGAGUAACAGUUUGAUUAUGUUUGACACCAGAGGUCACUUCAUCAGGAAAGUUUACUUUUACGAGAAAUAUUCUUCCGGGGGAGCAACUAUUACCAGAGAUGGUCACGUGGCCAUAGCAAGCAAAUCGCGUAACAAGAUUUUCAUUGUGUGAACCCGUGAACGUUUUCAUGUUAGUUUUACAAAAACAGAACGAUACAAGAGAAAAACGUGAUCAUAUAAUCUUCCAAUACAAUUGAAUUUGAGGGUGAUUUCCAAAAUCGAUAAAAAAAAAAAACAACAACAACAACAACUGUGCAACUGGUCUCCUUCGCAAUCGUCCUUUAGGAUGUCUCAAAACGCUCCCAAAACUAGUUGGGGCGCUGCGUGACAUCCCAUAGAACUACUGUCCGACUCAAUGCGUUGCAUGACUUCAUGACCCUCUGAAACAAAUAGUUUAAUGGCUAACUUGAUCUUGUAACUGGCUCUCGUUCCUUAUAUGUAAGAGAU